ACUGCCCCAGGGUUUACAGCAGCCGCUCGGCACCGUUUCAGUCAGAAAAAAUGGCUGUUCCUUUGUUGACCAAGAAGAUAGUGAAGAAGCGUGCCAAGAAGUUUAAGAGGCCCCAGAGUGACAGAAAGAUUUCUGUCAAGGAAAACUGGAGAAGGCCUAAGGGUAUUGAUUCACGAGUUAGGAGAAAGUUCAAAGGAUGCACCCUGAUGCCCAAUAUUGGUUAUGGCUCUGACAAGAAAACUCGCCACUAUCUUCCCAAUGGAUUUAAGAAAUUUGUUGUGCACAAUGUCGAAGAGUUGGAAAUUUUGAUGAUGCACAACAGGACAUACUGUGCUGAGAUUGCCCACAACGUAUCAACCAGAAAGAGAAAGGAGAUUGUUGAGCGUGCUGCACAGUUGGACGUUGUCGUUACCAACAAAUUGGCCAGGUUGCGCAGCCAGGAGGAUGAGUAAACAGUGGUGGCUAUAUCAUGUUAUAAUUUUUAUUUGGACUUGAAUAUUUUAAGCAUUAGGCAU